AUGUCUGUCUCGGUGGAAGAAAAGCAGCUCGAGCGCAAGCUCACGCGUCGGGUCUUGUGGAAGUUGGACAUCCAUGUCUUGCCGUCUCUCGCUUUCGUGAGUCUGUUCAUCCUCUCUACCCCUUCUGCGCUGCCCCUCUCAACGAGCAUUUUCCUCAAGCUCUGGCUCGCAAACUUCAUCGACAGGGCAAACAUCGGCAACGCGAGAAUCGCGGGUUUGGAGCGCGAUCUCCACCUCCAUGGUAAACAGUUCAAUACCGCUCUCGCCAUCUUCUACGUCUCAUACAUCCUUGUCGAACUGCCUUCCAACUGGGUGCUCAAGCGGUUCAAGCCCAGCCGCUGGCUCCCCUUCCUCGUGCUCGUGUGGGGAUCGGUGACCACCCUGAGCGGCCUCGGCGGCCUGCUGCCCGGCAUCAUGCUCUAUCUCAGCACGCUCUACAAGCCCCACGAGCUACAGCAGCGAGUCGGCAUCUUCUACGCGUCCGCAUCCUUGUCCGGCGCCUUCGGAGGCCUUCUCGCGACGGCGAUUAUCAAGAUGGACGGCGUCGGCGGCCUCGCCGGCUGGCGGUGGAUCUUCAUCCUCGAGGGUAUCGCGACGAUCAUCAUCGCGUGCGUCUCGACCACCUUCCUCCCCGCAGACAUCCAGAGCGCCAAGUUCCUGACCGAGGAGGAGCGGACCUUCGCGGUGCGGCGGCUCCGGAUCUCCCACGGCGUUACGACAUCCGCGCCGCUCUCUGAGCCGGCGCAGAGGAUCACGGGGGCGCCCACGAGCGAGAAGGACCUGGAGAAGGCGACGGAGACCCGGGUCGAGUCGCCCAGCGCGGAGCCGGCCGUCGUCGUCGAGAGCGAAGACGAGAAGUUCGAGUGGGGCGAGGUCGUCCGAGGCCUCCUCGAGCCCCAAGUUUGGAUGACGGCCGUCUCGUACCUGGGCAUCAUCGUCAGCCUGUACUCGUUCUCGCUGUUCUUGCCCACAAUUGUCUCAGGCCUGGGUUACUCCGGACCCGAGGCGCAGCUGCGCACGGUUCCACCGUAUGUACCCGCCGUGGUCCUGACGGUCGUGGUGGCCGUCGCGAGCGACAAGCUGAAGUGGCGCGGGCCCUUCAUUCUCAUGUUCCUACCCAUCUGCAUGGCGGGAUACAUUCUCGCAAUCGCUGCCACGAACAACACCCAAAGAUACGCCGCUGUGUUCCUGAUCGCUGCCGGCAUCUAUCCUUGCGGCCCGUGCAUCCUCUCCAUCCUGCCGAACAACAGCGCGGGGCACUACAAGAAGGCGACCACCGUCGCCUUCCAGCUCGCCCUCGCCAACUGCGGAGGCUUCGUCGCGACGUUCAUCUACGACAGCUCGCAGGCGCCGACCUACAUCCGCGGCCACAGCAUCACGCUCGGCUUCGUGAUCAUGGCCUGGUUCGCGAUGGCGGCCAACGUGCUCUACUGCGUGUGGGAGAACAAGGCGCGCGCGGACGGCCGGCGGGAAGACAACCUGCGCAAGUACCAGGAGCUCUGGGAGGCGGGCAAGACCCGGGCGCCGAUCGGCGACCGGCACCCCCAGUUCCGCUUCACGCUCUGA